CUUCGCGGGUGAGUUGCUUAGAACGUAUGCGGAAAACGGUCGAUCGAAAGGACGGUGAUCCGGUAUCGAACGCGUCGAAAUUGUAAACACUGUCUGCUGGACGAGGGAAAGAGAACAUUUCGAAUGCCAAACAAAGGAUAGACAACCGACGAAUUCGUUGUCUGCUCGAUGAAAGUUAUCAAUGAAAAUUACACGAUCGAAAUAACGCUUUAAGAGUUUAAAGUUGUUCUCUAUAGUUUCGAUUAAAACCCUGACUAUUUUUGAGAGUAGCCAACGUUCCCUCGAGGAUCGUCAGGACACGUGUCAAAAUGUGGAUGAACAAGACGAGCUCAUCGAUCGUGGAAAGUAAUUCGCGAUAGAGAAAGGUCAGCGACGAAGCGACGAAAGUAAUCGAUGCAUCGCUCGAUGGGUGUUCCGCGUUCUUUUGGUUUCCACGGCGGCGACCGCAAGUAAGCGUCAGUGAGACCAGAGGGAAAAUCCAACAGGGCGCCGGACAGCGCAGGACCCGUUGGAUGAACGAAGCCGAUCGGAACGAUGCGUCUCGUAGAUCAGCUGCUGUUUAUGACCCUUCUCUCGAUGGGUAACAGGAUCGAGGCUGGGUGGCCCAAGGUCGGGAACCCGUUGUCUUCCGCUUGGUGGAGUUUUUACUCGCGAUCCACGGACUCCGCGUCCACGUCCUCCAUUUCGUCGCUCGAGGCGGAGGACUGCACCGAGUGCGCCCACAACAAAGUCGGUUUCGCCGCCAACGAUCCGAUUUUGAACGAGCUGAGGGUCGAGUACGUCAAGCAACAGAUUCUCAAGAAACUGCGACUGUCCAGGCCUCCGGCGAUAUCAAUGCCACUCUCGACCUUGCCGAAACCACUGAUAAACGGUCGUGUGCUGGAACUCCGACCCGGGGCGCCCCUCGAACCGGAAAAAUCGGCCGACAGCUUUUACGGAAAGACCGAUCAGAUCGUCGUUUUUCCGAACGAAGGUGUUGCCGAUUCGAAGAAGUGUCAGCAGAGCACGAACCAUUUGACGGGGUUCAAUCCCGCCGCCUGUUUCACGUUUUACCUGCCAAAUGAAAUGCAAUUCGUCGACGUGACCUCGGCGCAGCUUUGGUUUUACAAGGAAUACGACGAGAACGACGACCUGAAUCAAACCUUCGUGCUAUCCGAACUCGAUCACUGGGACCUGGGGGGCAACUUCGAGAAGAACACCGUGGUGGCAAUCUUCGAAACCGAUAUCGGAGAGGGUUGGGUGAAAGCGGACGUAAGCUUCAUGCUGAAAAAGUGGGUGGAAGAGCUUCGACUGAGCCGCGCGAUACAGAUCGCUUGCAGCACCUGCACGAUGAACCGCGAGGCCGCGCCAGUUUCCGUCGAGCAGACACUGAAACCUUUCCUCGUGAUACACACGUCGCCUUUGCCGCAGAGAAACAGGCCGAAGAGGAACACGAACUGCUUGCCAGAAAUGAAAGAGUGCUGCAGGGACGAGCUCUACAUCAACUUCGAGGACAUCGGUUGGAGCGACUGGAUCCUCCAUCCGAGCGGAUAUCACGCGUACUUUUGCCGCGGAUCUUGCUCCUCCGCGGCCUCGAUCACCGUCAACAGCUCACCCUACAGUAACGUAAUCAGAAGGUUAUUCGCCAAGUCUAGUAACACGGUGCCCCGUCGAAACGAGAUCGUUCCAUGCUGCUCGCCCACGCAGCUAUCUCCCAUUCAGCUGCUCUACGUCGACUCGAACAACACGAUCACGCAAAAAACUCUGCCCAACAUGGUGGUCGAAGCCUGCGGUUGCAUGUGAUUCGCGCGACGAACUCGAGCCGAAUUUCGUGCCUGUAUCGUACCUGGCUACGAACGUGCUCGUCGCGAUUGAGAAAACCGUCAACGCUCUGUUCCACGAUGUUCGAACGGUUCAACGCUUUUCGGCGCGUCCAUAGACUUACAUUUCCCCGUGAAUCGAAAAAAACGUUCGAAUCGCCAUGCAAAACGAAAUUUGGAAGUUGCGCAGCAACGAUCAGCGAAAGGAUUGCGUAACACCGUUCGCACGCGUGGCCGUGCGAGCGUGCGAAACAGUAUUUCUUUUUUCUAGCUGUACUUGCCGCAUGUAUGUACAGUACGGACGAAGCCCUUGAGCUGGCUUUCGGAUAUUUAAUCGAUCGUUACGAGAAUUUAUUUAUUGUUAAGCCGCGUUCGUUGCGAACGAAUUGUCGAAUCGACGAACAGAUCAGGAUUGAGAGGACGUUCCGUCUAUUAGAUUGGAUCUGUAACGGAGGAGAUCGGUGGAACCGAUUUUUCACGAGACGUCAUCCUUACAGCCAGCGAUUCCGGGCGACGGGGAUGAUCCGCGCGUCUCUUAGACAGGGAUUACCAUAUAGCGGAGAGUUCCAAACGGGGCGGAGCUAUCUAAAAUGUAAAUGGACUGGGUGAUCGAAGCCUGGACGAUUGAAAUGAUGGGGACAAUGAAACGAGUUCAAUUAAUCGACGAUCCACUCUUUAACGUUCGCUCUACUCCCGUAGAACGAUACAUCGCGAACAAAUGAAAAAUAUAGCUCGGACGUCUAGAUUGUCAAACACACUCGUCCGAAGCCUCGGGGCUGGCGAAACACAUCGCCGGGGGCUGGUCUACCGUGAAAUUAAUGAAGCUUCAGCUUCGCGCACUCUGAGAGCUCCUUACUCGUUCAAUUUUUAAUUUAAUUUAAUUUAAUUACUUUCGAUUCUUCUAUAUUUGUAACGUAUUUCUCCGUUCGAUUUUCUAGACAGUUCAAGUGUCUACGUUAUUUUAUAUCAAGAAAAAUGGGAUAAAUAUAUUUGAAUAAUAGUAACGUUCGUCUUUCGUUGACCUCUCGAGGGAUGAAUUUUAAAUGGAUUAUUUAUAGCAUUAUUUAUCUUGAUUAUUGUAUAUUUUUUAAUUCUAACAGGUAUUGCGAUCGCGAAUAACGACGCAAAGCCGAACGUACGGAGUAUGUGACAAUAUCCCUCGAAAGGUUGCAGUGUUUCAAAAAAGGAACGGACCUCUCGAAGUAAUUAUUACGCGCCAUUUCAGGCUGGAUCCGCCGCUAACGUCGGCCAUACCGGAAAAAAUUUGUUAAAAAAUCCCCUCGAUACGACAACGUCCAUUACCGACUGCAAUCAACGUUUUUUAAUGGAAGCAUGUUUCGUAAAAUGCGAGCAAACAAAUAUCCAACGCAUAUCAAACGCAAAAAGAAUCCCGAUAGCGACCGAGGACGAACCCGUCACCGCCAUUUCGAUAAUUCCCAAUGCGCCUAUUAAUAACGUCGCGUACACUGAAACGACAAAAAUAAAUUCGUCAUACACGCAAUGCGAUUACAAAUAUAGAACGUGAACAUUUUGAGUAACCCUUUUCACGCAACCUUGCAACGCGUCAACAAACGCGAAACGGAAACUGCUUUAGCCUAGUAAAUUCAAAGUGAUAUUGCUUUGUACGUGGCAAACUAAAAACUAAAAUUCUGACCAGCGUCUACGUACGUGGUAGAGUAAAAUUUUAACCAACGAGUUUAAUUAUAUUAUUAACAAUUUCAGUGGUAAGUCUACUUGUUGCUACACUUGCAAAGAGAUUAGAAACUCUGCGGUUUGAACUUUUUCUCGCUUGUCAAUUUUUUCUUUCAAACGCUAGCUACUUGUAUCCUGUCAUGUAUGAACUUUUAUUUUCAUCAUCCUUUGCUAGUUUUUUGGAAAUAGAUGAAUAUUUCAUUACAAGUACAUUGAUGCUCUUGGAUAAAUAGAUUUGUACCAAAAAUUGGUUACAAAUUAUAGUGUACUAAUACAUAUCCUUGCGUAGAUCUAAAAGUUACUUCCUUUUUUUUCUGUUUAAUUUCUGUCGAUUACAAAAAACAGUAUCGCCAUCUAGCGGCGAGCAUCGAACUAAUUUGUCGAAUUAUAUAUAUGUAGAUAUAUGUAUAUGUAUACCUGAACAUAAACGACACACUUGUUAACCUCUC